AUGAUAUACAGGUGCUCUAAAUUGACUAAUCGUGGCAUACAGCCCGAAAAUCCUUUGAGAAUCAAUAACACUGCUAUUCAAUGUGGAUGUUGUGACAUUAAAGAUGAUAAAAUUGAAUUACUACAACCGCCCUGUAAGAUGAAUACUUGUACAGAUAGCAGUAGUUCGGAUCACACGUCAAAUCGUCAGAGACAUUCGAAAGCUUCUCAAACGAACAUGCUCAUUAAUAUGUGCAUGAAUAACUACAAAACUUCGAGUUCAGAAAUAAAAUUAUGUGGAACUUCCACUAAAAGUAUUGUGUGUCCGAAAAAAUACUUUGUAUCUGAAGCCACUAGAUGCCUUCAGACCGAGAUUAGUAUUAACCCUCAAAUCGCUGAUCCUAGGUUAUCUGACAUCAAUAUUAUUUGUAACAACGAAUGCGCUAGACUUGUUUGUGAGCAACGUAGAAGAGUUUCUGCGUACAGUAUUGAGUCUGAAGGAGGAAAAACGUUCAGCGAUGUCAGUACUAACAGCACAUCAGACAAACUUUUAAUACAGUCUGGAGGUAGUUGUUGUAAAUCAGAAAUAAUAUCUAAACAAGGCAGCGAAGAUAAAGACUCUAAAAAAAGCUCAAUGAUCGGAAAAGAUUAUACAAUACCCAUUGUUGGUACUAAUAUGACUUUGACAGUUAAUUUGGGCCCUGAUUAUGUCGGUCCAGUUGAAACAGGCGUGGUUACUGAGAAGAUAUCACAAGCUGAUCAAGAAACGUUAGCGAUUGGUGAAGUGUCAACAUCUGCUCAAUGUUGCCUGAACCCAGAGUGCACAAAAAAUUCUAAAACAGAUUCUGCGGUUUCGUCCAAAACCUGCUGUUUAAAUAAUAAGUCUUCUGGCAAUACUUAUAAUACGUAUCCGGCUGAAACAGUGAAGGCAAAAACUCCUUUCAUAAGAUCAAAUACAGAUAUAGAGAAAAAAUUAUCGAUAAACACGUGCAUUCAAACUGAUGAGAUUCGAACAAAAGAUAUGGAAACUAAUAACAAUCAAGAAACUGGAAUAUAUAGCAACUCAUCAGUUAACACUUCCGACAAUAGUUGUCAAGUAGAGGACCAGGUACAAACCGUCAACGUAGCACUAACAGAAGAAUUCAGAAUUGGUAGAAAUACAAAAUAUAAUAAUAAAACGGAUAGUAACAGAUCUGAAAGUGGAAAAGCCGAUUGUUGUAGCUCGAAACAUAAAAACACGGAUGGCAGUACAACAGAAAGUACAAAAAGCAAUAAGAAUGAAUCAAAAACUGAUAGUGGCAAGGCGGAUUGCUGUAGUUCGAAAAACAAAAAGACGGACAGUAGCAAAUCAGACAGUGCAAGAAGCAAUAAAUAUGAAUCAAAAACUGAUAGUGGCAAGGCGGAUUGCUGUAGUUCGAAAAACAAAAAAACAGACACGAGCAAAUCAGACAGUGCAAGAAGCAAUAAAAGUGAAUCAAAAAGUGAUAGUGAUAAAACCGAUUGUUGUAGGUCGAGAAAUAAAAAUGCUGAUAGUAGCCAAACUGAUAGUACAAGAAGUAAUAAGAAUGAACCAAGAUAUGACAGUGGCAAGGGUGAUUACUGUGGUUCGAAAAAUAAAAAGCGUGACAGUAGCAGCCCAAACAGUCCAAGAAGUAAUAAGAAUAAAUCGCAGAAUAGAAUUGAGAAAGUAAAUGUAGGUGUACAAAAAGAUUUACCAACUAAACGAAAUAAUACAAAAAAUGUCGACGUGGAAACUAAUGAUAUACCCACAAAAAAUGUAAGCAUUGAAACUGAGAAUAGAGAAGAAUCUGGCUCAAAUGCGUGUUGUCAGACGGAAGAUAAAGAAAAGCCUUCCCAAGAAAAAAACUGGAUCCAUGAAGAGAAAGAAAAUGUCAAUGUUCCGAAGAAUACUGAUCAACCCUUUGGCAAUGAGUCAAAAGAUAGAAAUUUACCUGAAAGUUGUUGUUUCAAUAUCAACUGUCCUCAUAAUUUUGAUUCCAAAGGACCCAUCAUAGACAUGAUACAAGAUAUAACACGACGAUAUUCCAAAAAAGACAUAAUAAAGAUUAAAAAGAACAAAUGCUUUUCGGAAAUAAUUACAGUACUAAACUAUCUUUUGGAGACCGACGAUAGUACAGACCCGGAACGAAAGACUUGUUGUAGCACGAGUACGGACACGAAAUUAAGUUCAGAUAAGGGAAAGAGGAGUAAACUGUCUGAGUGUUGUUCAGAUCAAAUGGUGGAUAAAAGCGUUCAGCUUUCGUGCACGAAAUCUAAAGUGACUCGAGUAUGCACGGAUUCUUCCGAUCUCCCUUGCUCUUCAGACUUACCUACGACAUCAUCAGAUUCCGCAGCCUGCAAAGUAUUAAACAAGAUCAAGAAGGAAUGCGAGAGAUUUCACCAAAAAGUCAAAUGCAAGGGCAGAAAAUGCGAAGUUUCCAGCAGCACUUCUGUCAACUGCGAAAGAUGCAAGAAAAUUCACCAUUGUGCCUGCAGGACCCACAAGUGUAAACGAUCGAAGGCCUUUGAGAAGUUGCAGAAGAAAUGUAUCGCUUACAACUUGAUUAUACAGACUUCGGAGAGUAUGUUGAGCGAGGAAACUGUUUGUGAGAACAAAAGUCGUCCUCUUAAGAAUAUUAUUUUGAAAGUCCCGAAAAAAGGGAAGAAGGAGGGUUGUUAUAAAGUCGAGCAGGAAUGUCGACGGCCGAGUCCAGUAUGCAGUCCAAAAUGUAGUAAAAAUAGGCCGAGGAGUUGUUGCCACGAAAGCGAAACAUCUGAUGAAUAUGCCAAGAGAAUGGAGAUGGCGACUGUUAGAGAAUAUUUGGAACAGAAUCGCCCGGACUUUGUGAAGAAGACAUCUCAAAGGCAAGAUUGUUUGAAGUUCAUCAGUGACAAAAGAGCCAACGAACGGGCUGCGAAACGAGACUUGUUAUCGAUGCACGUGGAAAAACAACCAGAUUUAACAAAGCUCACUUCUGAGGAGCUACGGCAACUUGCCAAGGAUAUCGGAUUUGAUUUGCGAAAGAAAAGAACUGCCCCAAAAUUCAUUAAUGAACGUGAAAUGAAAAAACAUUCGGAGAAGAUUUACAAAACUUUGCCAGAAGUGGUGCAAAAGAAGGAAGAAAAGAAAAAGGAAAAUAUCAAGAAGACUAAUUUAUUGAUGGCUAAUAUAUUUAAAAAGAAUCUCCAAAAGCAAGCGUUGCGGGGAUCAGUAAACCUUUCCAAUUACUCACCUGUUAUAAAAAUUUGA